UACAACAUCUACCACAUGACGAACGCCAUCUGGCAAGUGGACGAAGGUAUGGAGCUGGGAGCCAACGCCAUCGAGUCUGACGUCACAUUCGACAAAGAUGGUACCGCACUCUGGUUCUACCACGGUGUGCCGUGCGACUGCUUCCGGUGGUGCCAGCGUUACGAAGAAGUGCCAGUGCUUUUGCGGUAUCUCCGACGGACCACGGACGGGGGCAUAUACGAAAAGAGCCUGGCUCUUCUAUUCUUGGAUCUCAAGACUUCCAGUGUCAAUUCAGACAAAAAGUACGACGCGGGCGUCGACAUCGCGAAGAAGCUCAUGGAUCAUCUCUGGCUUGGAGUCCCUGUCCAGAAGGCGUUGAACGUUCUCCUGUCCGUGCACAGCGUGGACGAUAAGGAACUACUACGGGGAGCCAUCAAAGCCAUCCACGGCAAAAUGCCCGAAAUGAUCGACAAGAUAGGAUUCGACGUCAGCAACAACGACUAUCUGGACAGGAUCGAGAACAUGUACCGGGAACUCGGCAUCGAAGGCCAUCGGUGGCAAGGGGACGGUGCCACGAACUGCUACUCUUUCUUGCGACCGGCGAGGAGGAUGAACAGCGUCGUCCAAAACCGCGACGCUGGGGAACCGUCCGGCUACGUGGACAAAGCUUACCAGUGGACCAUCGACAUCUCGCAGCAGCUCCGGCUGUCACUCAGGUGUGAAUUCAACUCGCUCUUCUCAUAACAUUCCCCGCAACAUUCUCC